GAAAGUUGGAAAUUGAAUGGCUCCAUGGACUCGGAGUGGACUCUGGAGUCUGGACUCAGGAGUUGCCACGCAAAGUUUCAGACAGUCAGCUGCAUUAUGCGCUGGCGGUUCUAGGCAUCAUCAGAUUCAUCUGCUCCUCGGUGGCAGAUCCAUUGCAGAAUCUGAGAAGGGAAGGGCUUCGGCAGGGCUGCGAGCUGGGCUUGCACACCCCGUAAUUUUUUCGCCAAGAAACAACGCGCAGGAGGUCCGAGACCUUCUUUAACGUCAACAACAUUGUAUCAGUUCUGGGCUUUAGUCCAUCCGGGGAGGCCCCUCUCUCGUUAGAUCUCGCCACUGCAGAGGGCGUAGGGCGGUACAUUUGCUAGAUCUAGCGGGCCCCCUGGAAAUGCUGGACAAUGAAGUAUUCAAAGUAUCUUCCUUCCAGAGUGGGGAAUGUCAAGUGGAACAUGGUCGUGCCUGUAGUAAUCUCCCUGAUCUUUCUGAUGAUCCUGUGGCAGCAAUUGGUACGUCGGUCCUCUCCAGACUCCUCCCUGCUGAUGCGCUCAAUUCCUCAGUCAUACUAUGUACCCACUGUUGCAAGAGAUCUGCGCUUUCCCCCGGCCCGCAGCCGGGCUUUCCGCUGUAGCGAUGCUCAAAGGGUUGGCCAAGCUGCCACCUGGCGCGCGUUGCUCGACUCUCAGGAAGUCUCGGUCAACUGCGCAGACUCCGUAUACCUGGGCUUUGUGCGGGAGUUUCUGCAGGAGCAAGCGCCGGUGCUGAUAAACGUGGGGGCAAACAAGGGGUACGGCAUUAUGCAAUGGCUGAUUGCAUUUGACGGCAGUUUUGGGUUCAGUCUCAAGGACGCAUAUACUAUGUAUGAAAGCAGGUUCAAGGGGCAGCCGCGGUUAUGCGGCGUGUGCCAAGAUUGUGAGGAGGUGCCUCGCUCCUUGUCCCUCCUUUCCCACUCUGGUGUGAACUCCACUGCGACUUUGAUUCGGAAACCUGUCAUCUAUGCGUUUGAGCCGGCCGUCAACAAUUCAUUGGUGCUAAAGGCACUCAAAGACAUGAUACAGUAUCCAAGUGUGGAGAUCAUUCGCGCCGCAGCUUCCAACGUCACAGGGAAGAUGUACUUCACAAAUUGUGCAGCGGGCCAGGAAACAUGCCGGCUCGUUGCGGGUGCUGGCAAGGGUACCACAGUGAUUGAUGCGACAACCAUCGACAGGUUCUUGCAGACGCGAAAUAUCCAGAAGGUGGACAUAUUGAAGAUCGAUGCAGAAGGCUAUGAUCCAUUGGUCUUGCAAGGCGCCCAAUCGGCACUGGCGCUGCAUAAGAUACGGGUUCUUGAAUUUGAGUAUCAUGAGAUCGAGCAGUGGGGGGCAUGGAGACGGGGUUCUUCUUCCUUGGAGGAGGUGACUGCCUGGUUGGAUGACCUUGGGUACGACUGCUACUUGGAGAGUGCUAUGAAUAAAGUGACCAAAACAGGUGCGACGCUGCAAUUUGACCUUGUAAGGCUUACAGGAUGCUGGGAUUCCCGCUUAGAAAUCAGAAAGUGGUCCAACGUAGCUUGUGUCCUACGAGAGGAGCUCGAAAUGAGCAUGAUGUUCUUCAAGGCAAGUCGUUGGUUAGACCUAUAUAUCUGACUCAGCGGGAAUAUUUAUCGCCCCUUUUUAUUUGUGGAACUUAGUCUGUUGACAGAAUAUUGACGCCAAACUUUGAGGCGAUCGAUAAUAGCCUAGCGAGGCUGCAGUGAAGAAGGAUAAGAUCGUCCACUGCAAGUGGGCGGCCCAAUACUGGACCGUGAAAUAAUCGCUGAAGCUGUCUAGUGUGCGACCGCUGGUAGCCUGUGACUAACACUUGACAUUGAACCAUAUUUCCUUAUUGUUACUGACUAACUUAACCUUUGAGGUCAUUCAUUCUAGAUGUACUGUCGAGGUCACAGUCCCGGCCAGAUAUUCAAUCGACGUGUGUGUAAGAACUUUG